CCCGUACAAACACUCGACGUGAGUUGUGAGUGCUCGUGUCUCACUAAUCGGGCCGGCAACGCUUCCCGAGUCGCCAUUCAUCCAGCGCCCACGUCCACUGUCAGCAGGCCGCCGACGAGGGCGAGCAAGCACGGGGAUCCUCGUCGUCUGCUGCGGCAGAAGCUGGGCGGCAGCAGCAGCAGCGGGCGCCGUGAAGCUACAGUACUGCACGAUUCGAACGUGCAUCCCGCCCGCGCCUGAGCCGUCUGCCACGCCCGCCGCCAUCCUUCGAAGCUCGACUGCAGACUGCACACCUCAUCUGCCCUGACACGCCCGACACCGCCCACCGUGGAGCAGCAGGAGAACCAUUUGGGAGCAGCGCUGUUGCACAGCUUCACCGAGAGCCCGCGCACCAACGCGCACGCCCACCACGACCCCAACAUUCAGAGCGACCCGUCUGGACCACCCUACGCCGCUGCCGGGCCCGAGCCCAGGCAGUUGCCCGGCGCAGGACGAAUGCGCUCCAGCAUAGCCUGUAUUCGCUGCCGGCGAUCCAAGGUCAAGUGUGUCAACAAUGGCGUCGGGACGACGUGUCGGUCGUGCGAGAACUCGGGGAGGGAAUGCCAGUACCCGCCGCCCGUGACCGCUGGCAGUCGCCGGCGGGACAGCAUAUCAGGACGGGCCGAUGUCUAUGGAGAUGCCGAACGGCGACAGAGACCGAGGAAGAGCGCAUCGACAUACCCAUCGCAUCCGAUCACUGGUCCGCGAGACUCUCCACGACCCUCGCUCGAUGCUCUGGACCCGCGCCUCUUGACACCGCAUGUGUGGCAGGAGCUCUUUGACAUAUUCCAACAACACUACUCGGCCGAUCUCCCCUUCUUACAUCCUCCGACCUUCCUCAAACCCGUACAAUUCACGAGUCAGCUACCACCGCAGUCCAAUGGAGCACCAGUGGAUACCACUGCAUCUGCCCGCCCACCGGCUUCGACCGAGUUCUUGCUGGCUUUCCUCGCCUUGACAGCUCGGUUUCACAAGAAGCUAGUCGCGCACCACUCGCCGCCGACUGCCACACGUCCGAGUAAUCCUCUCAUAGCAUCCGAGUACUACGCUGCGGCGGCCAACGAGAAACUGGCAUCGAUUUGGACGGACAAUCGCUGCCAUGACAUUGAACGCUGUCAGGCUGCUCUCAUGCUCGGUCUGCACGAAUGGGGUAUGUGCAGGGGAGCGAAGGCGUGGUUGACGGUGGGCAUGGCGAUUCGAGCUGCCCAAUCAAUGGGGCUGCAAUACGAAAUGGACUUGGACGACGAGCCUCUUUCUCGGUCACUGGCCCUUUCGGCUGAAGCAGAGCGCAUGGGAAUGGAAUCAGGGAGAAAGAGUUCCGUGACGUCGUCCAAAUCGACCGAGGACGCGUUCAUCUUGCAAGAGAUUCGACGGCGCACUUUCUGGAGCUGCUAUAUUAUGGAUCGCUACUUGAGCAGUGGCAAGUACCGGCCUCAGAUGUUGCACGCGCGCGAGUUGAGAAUUCAGCUGCCGGCCAGCGAGAGAUCUUUUUUGUUUGCGGAGAGGGUACGCACUUUAAUGCUGGGCGAGGAGGACCGAAGCGUGACCGGUCCUGGUCGAGCAGAAGUUCAAAGCCAGCGGCAACAAUCGGUACGACUAGGCACUGCGGCCACUCCAGAGACGAGUAGAGCUCCCUCUCCACGGAGUGCUUGGAGAGAUGACGACGAGGACAAGGGAAGGCUAGAAUUUGGUCCAGACGAGGGCCUCGUGAGCCGCUAUGUGAAGAUACUCGAGAUCUAUGGCAAAGUGGUCAAAUGGUCGUGUGCUGGUGGGCGCAGAGUUGAGGUGCAUCCGCCGUGGGACGACCGAUGUGAGUUCUACCAGUUGAGGCGCCAAUGCCUCGACUUCAAAGCCAGCCUUCCGCGACAGAACACCCUCACGCCUCAAAACACUCAAGCGCACAUCAGCUUGAAGACAUCAACGCCUUACACGCUGGUGCACACGGUCUACUUGCUGUGUCAGAUCAUGCUGCAUCGCGAAUAUGUCCCAUUCAUUCCCAUUCGCUGCUCAAAACCGGAAGGACCAGUUGAUGCGCCACUAUUCCCUGCCGACAAAUACAAGGUGCCCGAUGGCUUUUGGGACGAAAGCGCUCGCGAAUGCUUCAGGUCCGCGCGCGAGAUUAUCGACCUUGUCCGAACGUGCCAGGAGUGGGGCAAGCUUGUGGAGACACCCAUCGUCGGUUUCGCCGUGUACACGGUGUCAUUUGUGGGCGUGUACUGUAUCAACUUCCCAUGGAUGGAUCCGGAUGGCUACAUGUGCACACGUCCAGAGCCCGGAAAGCCGGAUGCCAAGCCUGGCGAGAGCAAAGGAUUCGAAGCUGCCCGCAAAGCUCUGGAGAUGAUCGGCGACAUGCGGACCAAGCUGCAUAUGGCGGAUGGAUGGUUUAAGACGAUCAAUCGGAUGCACAAAUACUUCCGGCGAAUCAAGAGCGACUACAGAAAGAACGUCCAGAAUGUCGAGAGCGCAUCUGAAAGCGAUAGCCCAGUCAGCACACGCCAUCUCAGUCUACGAGAAGGCGGCUCAGGCGGUGGCUUAGACGAGUUCAAGCUGCUGGAGCGCACGCUCAUAGACUUCGGCAACCUUGAAGAUCAAGAUGUAGAGAUGACGGAUGCACAGCGCCCUGAUUCUCGCCCACUGGACGCGAUAUACGACGAUAGCAACUCGGGUACGACCGUCAAGAGCGAGGAAGGUGAUCGUCCUCCCGUCACUUCAGAACCCGCGAAGCCAGAGAGUGGUUCAUGGAGUGCCAUCAAUGCUGUCUCAGGCGCACCAGCGAGUCGUCCUCCUGGCAUCUCGACGCCUACCAGUGGUCCUUUCAGGGCGUACGACACGUACGCUCACCAGCAACAACCGCCGCAGCAUGCACAUCAACACGCGCAGCAGUACCCGCCCAAUGGCCAUCAUCAUCCAGCACCAUCUGCUGGCCCUUCGCCCAGUCAACAUUCACAUCAGCCUCCACCACAUGGGUAUCAACAAGCUCAUGUGAACAACUUCCGCCCUUCCUAUUCCGAAGGACCAAGUCCCGCACCCGGCCCGCCGAGCUUGACAUCGCCCGCGUCGCAGUCAGCGACUGGCACGACUCCUUCGCAAGCACAUCCGUCACCGCCAUUCGAGCGCCACCAUUCGCAGCCCGCCUAUGGCAACUGGACACCGCAAAAUGGGCACUACCAAAUGGCGCCGCCCCCACCAAACCCAUAUGUGAACGGCGCUUCGCAUCAGUAUCCGCCUGGGCCACCCGGACAACCUCAGCAUGCGGGAUAUCCGCCACCGGGUCAGCCCUCCCAGCCGCAGCAGCCUCAUCAAUCUGUGGAGCAACAACCGCCUGCACAAGCUCAACAAGUAUGGGAUCCGAUGGCUAAAGAGGCCUGGCUCAACAGCAUCGACACACGCAUGGGCGGCGACGACAUCGCGGCAUUUGUCGAUGGUGGCGAAGUUGCAGAGUGGGCGAACAUGGCUGCUUCGCAAGGCUUCGCGAAUGGCUGGCUCACUGCGGUCUGGCAAGGCGGCCAUGCAUAGGAUAAGUAAUGAGCCACUGCAGCCAUUGCUCUGUCUGCCUUUGAUCCUUACUCGACACGUGGGUUGAGGGACAAAAACAUAAAUAUUCUGCGACUUCUACACUGAUGAAUUGUGGGCAUGGGAAGCAGAAAAAGAGAGAAAGAGGAGAAGAAAGAGACGGUUGGGGAGCAGGGUAUGUUUUAUCUUGUCUCGUCUUUUAGGGCAGUACAUCCGCAACCGCACACAUGAUACCCAGGAUUUCGGAAUAAUGCGUUGCUUGCGGAGGUUCAUGGGGCACCACCAUUCGUGACGAAUUUGGAGCAUAUGUUUCAUCGUAGCAUUAUCUGUAUAUGUAUAUAUACCUACAUGUCAUCAU